UUCGGUCGGUGUUCGGCGCAGUCCCGAAACCGUUCGGGCGCUAUAAUCUCACACUCCCCGAUUGCUUCUCACUCCAGCACCCCUGCCUUAGAGGUUGUUUUAGUGUUGUGCUCGGCACUUAGAGCCACCUCUAGCGUAACAUUUUGGAGCCCACCGCGAGGGGUUAGUAUUCAAAAUUACCUCAAGGAAUCUACGUCGCUCGUCCCGACCAACAGCGGAGCGCGAAGAACGACAAACAGUUAUCGAUAG